AGAAGGUUUUCGCUAGCCUCCCCCAAGUGGAGCGGGGCGUCUCCAAGAUCCUCGGCGGAGACCCCAAGGGCAAUCAUUUUCUCUACACCAAUGGCAAGUGCGUCAUCCUGAGGAAUAUCGAUAACCCCGCUAUUGCUGACAUCUACACAGAACAUGCCCAUCAAGUGGUAGUGGCCAAGUAUGCACCCAGUGGGUUCUACAUUGCUUCUGGAGAUGUCUCUGGGAAGCUAAGGAUCUGGGAUACCACACAGAAGGAGCAUCUUCUAAAGUAUGAGUACCAGCCUUUUGCUGGGAAGAUCAAGGACAUUGCCUGGACGGAAGACAGUAAGAGGAUCGCCGUGGUCGGGGAAGGAAGGGAGAAGUUUGGAGCUGUCUUUUUAUGGGACAGUGGCUCUUCUGUGGGUGAGAUCACUGGACACAACAAAGUCAUCAACAGUGUGGACAUCAAGCAGAACAGGCCCUACCGACUAGCAACUGGGAGCGAUGAUAACUGUGCAGCAUUCUUCGAGGGCCCUCCUUUCAAAUUCAAGUUUACAAUUGGUGAUCACAGCCGCUUUGUCAACUGUGUGCGGUUCUCUCCUGAUGGGAACAGGUUUGCCACAGCUAGUGCCGAUGGCCAGAUAUUCAUUUAUGAUGGAAAGACAGGAGAGAAAGUGUGUGCUCUUGGAGGAAGCAAGGCUCAUGACGGAGGAAUUUAUGCUAUUAGUUGGAGUCCCGAUAGCACUCAUUUGCUAUCUGCCUCUGGAGAUAAAACCUCUAAGAUUUGGGAUGUCAACGUGAACUCUGUGGUCAACACAUUUCCCAUGGGCUCCAGUGUCCUGGACCAGCAGCUGGGCUGCCUGUGGCAGAAGGACCACCUCCUCAGCAUCUCCCUGUCUGGAUAUAUCAACUAUCUGGACAAGAACAACCCCAGCAAGCCCCUCUGGGUCAUCAAGGGUCACAGUAAAUCCAUCCAGUGUCUGACAGUGCACAGAAAUGGUGGCAAGUCCUACAUCUAUUCCGGAAGCCACGAUGGACAUAUCAAUUACUGGGAUUCCGAAACAGGAGAGAAUGACUCCUUCUCUGGAAAAGGCCACACAAAUCAGGUGUCCAGGAUGACGGUGAAUGAGUCUGGGCAGUUGGUCAGCUGCAGCAUGGAUGACACUGUGCGGUACACCAACCUCACACUGAGGGACUAUAGUGGACAAGGAGUUGUGAAACUGGAUGUUCAACCAAAGUGUGUAGCUGUUGGUCCUGGGGGAUAUACUGUGGUCGUGUGCAUUGGACAGAUUGUCCUCCUGAAGGACCAGAAAAAGUGCUUCAGUAUCUACAACCCUGGCUAUGAGCCCGAAGUCGUGGCCGUGCACCCUGGUGGGGACAUGGUGGCUGUUGGGGGCUCGAUGCUCACCGGCUGCACCAUGUCAGCAGCCUGGCCUGGCUGGAUGAGCACACAUUGGUCACCACUUCCCAUGACGCCUCUGUGAAGGAGUGGACAAUCACCUACUGAGGACGCCGCUCACCCCACGGACCGAAUCAGGGACUAGAUUUUUAACUGCCUCAGAGCACCCUUCUCUUAACUAUUUCUGUAACGCUCCCCUUCCCGCCUGUCCCGGGAGUGAGCAGGGCCUGCGAAUACCCUCCUCUCUACAGGGAGUCUAUGUCUGUACGCGUCCUUCUGAAAGCUUUAGACAGUAACAGUUUGCACAUGAGAAAUAAAGCAAGCACUUAAACAGCAUGUGGAGCGUACCUGAAAACUUACAGCCCACCAGACCGUGAGAGCGUGGAACAUUCCAGAGGCAGCAGCCUCCAAAGCACAGACCCCAGCCCCUGUGGCUCUUGCAGCUUAUCAGGAAGCUGGGUAGGGAGCAGGCCACGGCUCUCCUUUCCCAUGCAAGAUGCAGCUGCACUGGAGAGGAGGAGCUGCUCUGCAGACCCCUGUGUCAGCAUUCUGGGUAGAGCAGGUGUCUACUCCGUGGUGUAAGUCAUGUUACAUGGCUGUCUCCCUGGAGUUAUCCCCAGAUCCCAUGGGGACAUGUGAACCUUGAUCUCAUUGUCAGAUUUUGUGCUUGAUUUUAAGAAUGGAAUCAUGGGUUUUUUUGUUUGUUUUGUUUUUGUUUUUUUUUUUUUAAUGUAUCUUGACUGUUGUCUGUCUUGUUCCUGAGCUGGCGUGCUGACAGUACCAUGUCUAGGCGAGUAGUGCCCUUCAUAGCCAGACUGAGGCUAUGGUCACAUGAUCACCAUGCUUCAAUGUUUUCCUGUCUCUUUCCCUCCUUCUCCCCUGGGCCCAAUGCAGAGAUUAAGGACAAGAUGAUGUCACUGUAACUUGUCAUGUUUUUACCUUUUUUUUUUCUUUUUCAGUGCAGAAAUUAAAGUAAGUAUAAAGCACCGUGAUUGGCAGUUUCUUUGCGUGUGUCGGAAUCACUGGUAAAUGUUGGCUGAGAACAAUCCCUCCCCUUGCACUUGUGAAAACACUUUGAGCGCUUUAAGAGAUUAGACUGAGAAAUAAUUAAAUAUCUUUUCUCUUGAUUGUGGA